AUGCCAUUCAGUGACCGCUAUGUCGCUCCAAAAGAUCCAAAAAGCUUCAGCCAGGAUAAUCUGCCAGAUUCUGAAGAGGAGUUGAUCGAGGAAGAAAGAAAACAAAGGAGUAGUCUUAAUCAACUUCACCAGCAGGUAUGUGUAUUUUUGUUGCAGAUCGAAGAACUGAGAGAGAUGAGCGUUGCUACUGAAGGAAAAGAAGAGGAAAUUUGGGAUGUUCAAACAGCCAUUACUUUAUUAAGUCGGAAGGCAAGUGAAAUCUUGUGGUUUCAGUUGAAAACAUUACGUGGUCGUCGAUCAGAAAGCGUCGAAACAAACGCAAGCGAUGGACCCAGUUUAGAGAUGUUUGAAGAGAAGCAGCUUUUAGCCACCUAUACGGCAUUGCAUGAACAAAUCGCACGUUAUAAGGCAGAUAUUAUCGCAGUACAAAAUGAAUUAUUGGCUGCAUCUGAAAGCUCUCAACAACAACUCAGUCCAGAUGAACAGUAUUAUUGGCGUAACGAGUGUCACAAAGAAGAAAUCAAGCGAACACGCAUAGUGGCGCAAAUCGUUGAAGAACGUCGACAGUGUUGUUUAUUGCGAGCAAAGCUCGAAUUAAAAGCUAUCAAACAUCCAACAUUACUUGUGACUCGUUUUUAA